AUGUCCCCUGCGCUGGGUUUAAACUCGCAGCACUCAAAUUUUUGCUGUAACAAGUUUUAUUUUAAACUCUCCUGGGAUUUACAACGGAGGUUCACGCUGGCGUUCCGCUGCAUCGAUGGAGUUUACCUCCCCAAACACGAGAGCGAGUUUGUGCAUCUGGUCCUGGAGGAACUCGACGCCUUUGAGCAGGAGGAACAGAGGAACAGGGUGCUGCUGUUCCCCCCUCUGUCCAGCAGGUGGCGUUAUCUCACCCACAGGACGGUGGAGGAUCGUCCUGAGCUCUGCUCCUUCUCUGUGGGGGAGGAUCUGUUGAGGAGAGUCGCUGUGUGUUUCUGCCACAUCAGGGGGGAGGUGAAGGACGACGCUGAUCUGGAGAAGAGCGACGUUUUGCACGAAGAAGAGAAACGGAAAGAAUCGACGCCCAAAAGAACGAAAGAAGAGAAAAACAGAACAAAGAAAAGACCCGACCAACCUCUGUACCUCCCCCGAGCGCUGAGGGAGAGACAGAGGACGAGAGGAAGAGGGGGAGGACGAGGAGGAGAGAGGGAGGAGGAGGAGCAGAGGACGAGAGGAAGAGGGGGAGGACGAGGAGGAGAGAGGGAGGAGGAGGAGGAGGAGCAGAGGACGAGAGGAAGAGGGGGAGGACGAGGAGGAGAGAGGGAGGAGGAGGAGCAGAGGACGAGAGGAAGAGGGGGAGGACGAGGAGGAGAGAGGGAGGAGGAGGAGCAGAGGACAAGAGGAAGAGGACGAGGAGGAGAGAGGGAGGAGGAGGAGGAGGAGCAGAGGACGAGAGGAAGAGGGGGAGGAGAGAGAGAGGAGCAGAGAGGAGGAGUGAAGGAGGUAGGAGUGAGGGAGAGACAGAGAGAGGACAGAGGAGGGAGGGAGGAGGAGAAGAGGACUGAAGCCAGAGAUGUGAACUCUAACCUGGACUGGACUUUAAACCGAGAGAAAAGUGCAGACCCCCCAGAGGAGGAGGAAGAGAGAGGGAGGAACAGAGGACAGGAGGAGGAGAAGAAGGAGGAGGAGAAGAAGGAGGAGGAGAAGAAGGAGGAGGAGGACAGGACCCGGCUGAACGGAGCCGAACAGAAAGUGUGGGACAAGGACAUUUUGAGGACAGAGACCAGAGACUGGACUGUCCCUGACUCGACCCCGGACUCGGCCUUGGACUCGGCCUUGGACUCGACCUUGGACUCGGCCCCGGACUCGACCUUGGACUCGGCCUUGAACUCGGCCUUGGACUCGGCCUUGGACUCGGCCCCGGACUCGACCUUGAACUCGGCCUUGGAUCGGCCUUGGACUCGGCCGGACUCGACCUUGGACUCGGCCUUGGACUUGGCCUUGGACUCGGUGCGUCUGAGCUGUGAGUGUGAAAACCCUGGAGUCGACUCAGACUCAGAGGAAAUCAGCCAAGAGGUGCGCGCCCACCUGAAGGCGGGCGUGGCUUUUGGCCUGGGCUCUGUACUCGGUGACUUCUCGUCUUUUGAGUCGGUGUCGUUCUGCGCUGAGGCGUUCGCUCACGUCAUCGAGAUCUACGACUUCCCGCCGCUUUUCCAGACCCAAGACCUGCUGGACGCCUUCACCCAGUACAGUGAUGGGGGGAUGAAGAUAAAGUGGGUUGAUAACACUCACGCUCUGGGAAUCUUCUCCUGUGAAGCAGCAGCUCUUCAGGCUUUGUCCAUGUCUCAUCCUCUGCUGAAGACUCGUCCUCUGUCCCAGGGCAGCAACAAGGCCAAAGGAAAAGCCCUGAGACGAGCAGAGUUUCUUCAGCCGGUGAGGGAGCGUCCGAGGACAGAUUGUGCUGUGGCUCGGAGGAUGGUGACCAGAGCCCUGGGUCUGCAGAGGAGAGGCCCCCGAUACUGACGCCCCGAUACUCACCGAUACCCACCGAUAAUGACACCGAUACUCAGCGGCACUGAGCAGGAGGGUUGUGAAGUUUCCUCAGGACGAGUGUCGUGUUCAGAUUUGCUGCUGCGGCGCCGAUUUUAUCUCCUAAUUUUUCCAUCGACUGUUUCAAAAAACAAAAGACUCUCCGUUUUUAUGUUUUAAAAAUGUUGAAAUUGCAGUUUUGUUUUUAUAAAGUUCAGUUUUGUAAAUGUUUGUGUUAAUUUAUUCAUUUUUUCAAAAUAAAAAGAGUUUUGUUGUUGAACA